CAUUCUGGUGAGAGACCCUUUCAGUGUAAGGAAUGUGGAAAGGCCUUCAUUGUUCUGGCACAGCUCACUCGGCACCAAAGCAUUCAUACUGGAGAGAAGUCGUUUGAAUGUAUGGAAUGUGGCAAGAAAUUCAGAACUGGUGAACAGCUCACUAGGCACCAGAACAUUCAUACUGGAGAGAAGUCAUUUGACUGUAAGGAAUGUGGCAAGAAAUUCAGUACUGGAUCACACCUGGUUCAGCACCAGAGUAUUCAUACUGGUGAGAAACCCUUUGAAUGUACUGUAUGUGGGAAGGCUUUUCGGCUUCAGGUAUACCUUUCUGAGCAUCAGAAAACUCACAUUGAAGAGAAACCUUUUAAGUGUAAGCUGUGUGGUUCAGCCUUCAGACGAAAGUACAAACUUAGUGAACAUCAGAGAAUUCAUACUGAUGAGAAACCUUAUCGUUGCAAGGAGUGUGGGAAAUUCUUUCGUCAAAGGUCAAAAUUUAAUCAACAUCUUAGUAUUCACAGUGGAAAUAAACCCUUUGAGUGUAAAGAAUGUGGGAAGUUCUUUAGACUUAAUAUACAUCUCAUUCGUCAUCAGAAAUCUCACAGUGGUGAGAGGCCUUUUGAAUGUAAAGAAUGUGGAAAGGCUUUUCAUGUUCCCAGCGAACUUAAUAAACAUAAAAUUGUUCAUACAAGUAAAAAACCCUUUGAAUGUGAGGUAUGUGGGAAGUCCUUCAAGCGGGCUUCCACUCUCAUUCAGCACAGGAUUAUUCAUGCUGGUGUGAGACCAUUUGAAUGUAAUGUCUGUGGGAAAACCUUUAAUCGUAGCUCAAACCUGUUUCAGCAUCGUAAACUUCAUUCUGGUGAGAAACCCUUUCAGUGUAAGGAAUGUGGAAAGGCUUUCACUGUUCUGACAAACCUCACUCGGCACCAAAAUAUUCAUACUAGACAGAAAUUAUUGUAAUCUGAGCAGUGUGGGUCAACCUUCAGACUUAAGUCCCAACUGAUAAAACAUCAGAGAAUUAUUAAUUCUAAUGUGAAACUUUCAGUGGAUGGAAGGUGGAAAGGACUUUGUGGAACAACCUUUAGAAUUCAUCAGAGGAUCCUUACUGGUGAGAAUCCCUAUCAGUGUAAGGAAUAUAGGAAAGCUUUUCAACAUUAUUACCAGUUUUCUUGGACGUUUUAGGAUUUAUAUUGGAAAUAAUCUCUAUGAAUUUAAAGAAAGUGGGAAGUACUUGUGGUAGAGACCUUAAUGUACAUCAAAGAAUUCAUAAUGGUUAAAAACCUUACCAGUGUUAAGAAUGUGGGAAGACUCUUAGUGGAAUAUGAAACUUGAAUUGACCUGCUAAAUUUGAUAUGAACAAGAAGUCUUAUGAUGUAAGGAGUAUGGAAAGGCCUUCAGUAAUUCUAAGCUAUCUAUCAGAGAGUUCUUAUAGGUGAGAAAUUCUAUCACUAUAAGUAAGGUGGAAAAAUAUUUAGAUUUAGUUCAGCCUUCACUGCACAGUGCAAAAUUCAUACUGAUAAGAAAGCCGAUCAUGGUAAGAAACGUGGAAAGACCUUCAGUUGGAG